AGGGUAUGUAAGCAAAGCCCAGAGUUGGAGUGGCCAUUCUCUCUCGCUCUCUCUCUCGCUCUCGGGUUUCUUGGUUCUGCGCAAGAACCCUAUCGCCACCAUGACGCAGAAAACUCAGGAAGAGCUUCUCGCUACUCAUUUGGAAGAGCAAAAGCUACACCAAGACGAGCCAAUUGUUGAGGAUGAUGAUGAAGAUGAAGAAGAUGAUGAUGAUGACGAUGACGAUGACGAGAAGGAUGAACAUGCUGAAGGACAACAGGAAGGGGAUGCAAGUGGCAGAUCUAAACAAAGUAGAAGUGAGAAAAAGAGCCGGAAAGCAAUGCUGAAGCUUGGCAUGAGACCUGUUCCUGGUGUUAGUCGGGUCACAAUCAAGAAAAGCAAAAAUAUACUAUUCGUGAUUUCCAAACCUGAUGUCUUCAAGAGCCCAGCAUCAGAUACCUACGUUAUAUUUGGAGAGGCUAAAAUAGAGGAUUUAAGCUCCCAACUGCAAACUCAAGCUGCUGAACAAUUUAAAGCUCCUGAUCUUAGUCAUGUGAUCUCCAAACCAGAGUCUUCAACAGUGGCACAAGAUGAUGAAGAUGUUGAUGAGACGGGUGUUGAGCCCAAGGACAUUGAGCUGGUCAUGACUCAGGCAGGGGUGUCAAGGGCCAAGGCUGUCAAGGCUCUCAAGGCUGCUGAAGGAGACAUAGUCACUGCCAUUAUGGAGUUGACCAACUGAGGAAUAUCAUGGCAAGUAGUUGGUCUUAUUCUAUCAGGAGCUUGAAGUUUCGUCCAUUUUCCUGUUGCAGCUAAAUGUGGACUUUUUUGGUCUAUCAUUCUCAAUAUAGUUUGCAAGUCAAAUUUGAUGCCUGUAUGAUUUGCCUUUUCCUCUUUGUUUCAUUUUGUUAGUGAUGCUCUAACCUUUUGUUAAUCAUGAUGGUAGAGCUUUCAAUGGGAAACAUGAUAGUGGUUCUUGGUAUCUUUCUCCUCAAGAGCUAAAUCCUGUGAAGUUUUUCCAA